AACGCACUUGCAUCAACGGCAACAACGACCUAAAACGUGGCGUCUCCUCAGUCAUCGUGCGUGCACGUACAUUGUUGCAUUGCCGAGACCAUGGCCACCCGAUCGCCGACCAAGCUGGCUCUGGACAAAGCGAUGCAUCGCCCCGCGUCGCCCAGCAAUAAGAGCCCUGUGAAGAAGGCUCUUCUCAAGCACUGGGAUGCGCAGUCUGAAGGCGAAGACUCAGCGGAAAGCACGCGCGACACGUCCCAACUCCGCACGGAAUUGCUUCAUAAAGUGCUGCAACUCCUCGACCAAGACGCCUCGGUCGUGGACUUCGUCGCCUCCCUCGUGGACAAAGUGUCAACGCUGCCGCUGCAGGACGCCACCAUGCGCACGGCCUUCCUCGCCCAGCUCCACGACGUCCACCCGACCAAGCCAGGACGGACGAGCGGUCGCACGCGGUGUCUGAACCCGCACUCGUGUCGCGCCUUCAUCCUGGCUUGCGCCAACGAAAUCGUAGACUUAGACGAGAACGACCCGUCUUUUGACUACGCCGAGACGUGCGUUGACUCGGAUGAGUUCAAAGACUUGGCGCUGCGCCCCGUGACGCCCCUAAAUCCCCCCCGCGUCCUCCACGUCCAUUUGCCCAACGUCGACUACUCAGAAACGCUGUCGAGUUGCUCGUCGCAGCCGAACGCUCGUACCUCGUCGCCCCCCGCCGAUGUAGCCAUGAGAUUUCGCCGCGUGCUGCGCCAACACUUUGACUACGCUUCGUCGGCCCAUGCGUCGACGUGCUCGAGUGAGUGCGAGAGCGACGAGUGCUUGCAACAUGCUUUCUCCAAAUUGCACCAACAUGCCCAGGACCUCGCCCAAAAACGCCUCGUGUUUGCUGAAUUCAAGCGCCAAAUGCCCAUGGAGCCAAUGAGUCCCCCCAAACGUCAAUUGACGGCCCCCCGUUAUCACCGCCCCCACGACCCCCCCAUGAAAGAGUUGGCGUCCAAGUUUCAAUCGUUCGAAGCCCUCAAGGCUAACCGCAGCUCGUCCCCUGUCAACGUGGGGCGAAAGAAACGUGCGUUUUACAAAUUUAAAACGCAACAUGCAGGGGCGCCACAGCACAUUCACGUGCAAAGUCACGGUCACCGACCAAAGGUUGCAGCGUCUGCGUUCUUGAAAGACUGUGCCCUCAGUGCCCUCCUUGUGGCCCUAGCAUUCAUUGCAUUCGACGAACUUAAGCUUUGGUAAUCAACUUCUCCUGACAGACUAUGUCACUUGGGUGACGUUACGCAAAAUGUUGUUUGGGACAUUAGUCCCACGGGAAGCGGUCUGACAUUGCAGCUGGCUGUGUUUACUGGUUGACA